AUGGUUUAUGCCAACUGGGAUUUCUUGCAAGUUCUUCGACUCCUUACCGCCCCAGUUGCUGCAAUUGCUAUUGAUGUACCACGAUUAAGCACUACCAUGCCUCCGCGAAGAAGACCUUUUAGGGCGCGGCAGCCAGACGCCGGUACACCAGCGGAUCCUAUCUUCGGCCGCGCAACCAUACUCGAUAAUGGCUUGAUCGGAGAGAAGCCACGAAGUAAAACGCAAUUAGAGAGAUCAAGGCAUGUGCCCAAUCCAAAAGAUGCAGAACUUAGCAUCUACACUUUGAAUACCUUGCAGCUGCGCAGAGAUCAGCCACUAGAGGCUCUCAAUGUCCAGCAACCCAUAGAGUAUCUGCGCGACAACCUACCGGAGGAUGCAAAGAAGUUAGUAGGAAUAGCGAGAUGCGGAGACUACGAAAUUUUCGAUUGCGAACACCAUCAACUAGCAGAAAGGAUUAGUCAGGAGUACUAUUUGAAGCCGGAGUUUUGGGAGACUUUCCGAAGGUCGGAGUACGUAUUCUGGCCGAUUGAGGCUGAAAGGGGCUACUUUGUAACAGCCAUCUUCCACAUGUCAAAUGACGGAGACGGGCUGGAUCGUGGUUGGGAUCGUUCGAUCUCAUACAACAUGACCAUAGAUGCGUGGUCUAUCGUGGACGGCCAACGAGGCGAAGAUGCGCAAAUUCGGCUGAACCACGUGAAAAAAUGCAUCGAGGAUAUAUUAGAAUUGCAAGGAUUCGGGUAUGGCGACGACGCAUUUAUGAUGCAAAAUGAAGGGGGGGAACAUUGGAAUGAGCCGUGGGUACCACCACCCACUCCCGGUGAAGAACAUUGGGCUUCUGGCAUCCGGGCGUUCGCUCUUGUGCGACAACUUAUGCAGCGGGUCCUCGACACAUACUGUUCUAAAGGCGAAUAUUCCGAAGAUUUCUUUCGCAAGCCGACGUGCGGCUGGCUUAACGUCGACCAGGUCCGGUACGAGAUGAUGGGGAUAUGCGCGAUGAACACAAUAAUGGAUAUGGACUGGAACGCCCGUAUAGCAAUCGAGUGUAUCGAACGCAUUGACACUGUCGAGGGUCUCGAGCCAUUUAGGACUGAGUUACUGGCGGCUGAUGACGAUGGAAAGGCGGCAUAUAUCCCAGAAUAUGAACCCGAUGGGAAUCCCAUAGCUGUGUAA